AUGAGGUGGAUUUGUAUCUACUGCUUGAGUAACCUCUGAUUCUCCGUUUUAGUUUUUGUGAAUUAUUAUUUGUUUUGUGUAUUAUAACCUCACAUUUUGACAAUUUUGAUCCAUGACAAUUUUUACCAUUUUCACUUCUAAGGAGACUUAUUAGUAAUUACUGUUGUUCAAUUCUUUUUUGAAUCUGAUACUGAAGCUUUUCCAUCAAGUGAAUAGUCUUAUCCAGGUUUAUCUUCUCGAUCUUUAAUUUUUGACAGACUUUGUUGUUGCAUUCACCUUCUUUUUCGGAUACUUCGAAAAUCUCCAUAUUUUCCAAAUCAAGUGCUACAUUCAAAGCAUUAUUUGUUUCCACACUAGUUGAUAAGAAGAAAACAUAACAUAAGAACAGAAAUUAAAAUUUUAAUCCAGUCUCUCUCUACUUAACACCAACUUCCACCUGGAAGUGCUCAGUUACUGCCCAGAACUACCGAUGCUGCGGAUCCACCAUCCCAGAAGAUGCUGAAAGAACGAGAAUCCCUGGAACGUGUGAUCCCUUCGCCUUGUUCCAGCCUAGGAGGCCUAGGUCCAGACGCCAGUUGUGCAGGAUGCAGGGGCAGGAUACACGACAGGUUCUACCUGCUGGCCGUGGACAGACAGUGGCAUGCAGGGUGUUUAAAGUGUUGCGAGUGCAAGUUACCUUUAGACUCUGAAUUGACUUGUUUUGCCAGAGACGGGAGUAUUUACUGUAAGGAGGAUUAUUACAGGAUGUUUGCUGUUACAAAAUGCGGGAGGUGCCAAACAGGUAUUGCAGCGAAUGAAUUAGUGAUGAGAGCCAGAGACCUUGUAUAUCACCUUCAUUGUUUUUCCUGUGCUUCUUGUGGGAUUCCAUUGGCCAAAGGUGAUCAUUUUGGUAUGAGAGAUGGACUUAUAUACUGCAGGCCACACUACUCCCUCCUCGACUUCUGCGACGGGAACGACCCCUUGGAGCUCAUGUUCAGGGGGAGGGAAUCUCCGGGAUACUAUCCUGGAUCGUCGCCACAGCAACAGAAAGGCAGGCCGAGAAAAAGAAAGUUGGCUGUGGAGGAGCCGCUUCCCUGUGGCGAGAUCCCAGUGACAAUGAGGAUGGCAGCAUCUUCUCUCGAGAUGUUGCAACAAGGCGAGCUUUCCUCCUCUAUGGAAUCACUCUCCUAUGAUUCAUCUGUCACCUCGCCAGCCUCCAGUAAUGGUCACAAUACCCAGAGGACGAAAAGAAUGCGUACGUCAUUCAAACACCAUCAACUGAGGACGAUGAAGACCUAUUUUGCAAUAAACCAGAACCCAGAUGCCAAAGAUCUCAAACAGCUUGCCCAGAAGACAGGACUCUCUAAAAGGGUGUUACAGGUCUGGUUCCAAAACGCUAGGGCCAAGUGGAGACGAAACAUGAUGAGGCAAGAAGGCUCCCAAACCAACAACAACCAGUCACCAGGGGCAACCUUGGUCACUUCUGGCAUGAUUACAGACUCCAACAUGUCCCACCAGAGCAUGGACGAUCUCCACCAUCACAUACAUUCCCAGAACUCACAGACGCUCGCUUUCAGCGAAAUCUAUUAAGAAUCUGUCAAUUUGACGUUUCGAACGGACCAUAGAUUUCAAAAAGGGUCGUUCGAAUACUCUGUGUAAAUUAAUUAUUUAUCUUGGUAUUAGAAAAAGGUUCCUUUGUUUAGACGGUGAUAUUUUGCUAAGCCCAUUGUUAUGAUACUGAUAGAUUAUUGUAAAACCUGUAUAUGUUUAGUUAUAAGUUAUAUAGUAUUAUGUAUAUAGAUGAUAGUGUAAAGGUCAGAUUUGUGCAAUGAGCAGAUGUAUUUACAAUUUUGUAAGAUGUUUAAUGUAAGCGGACGUCCACGGCCAUUUCAGUGUACAUAGUGACUUAUUUAUGAAAUAAAUAAAUUACUUAUCAGAA